AUGGGUUACAGCAGCGAUGAGGGGAGUGAUGCGUUGUCGUCUUUGCCCGACGAGGAGCAAGAACAAGAACAGGAGUUUAUCAUGGCCACGCGAGAGCGCAGGUCGAACGCAGGGAACAGGUUGCAGAGACUGUUAGAACAGGAGGUCAGGGACGCGCAGGAGAGGACGCAGCUGCUGGAGGACGAUGAGGUGAACCUGUUGUUCCAAGAGGACGAAGACGACGAGGAGUUUAGCCUGCCGCAGCGGCGGGGGCCUUCACGGUCCUGGUCGAGGGCAUCCUCUGUCAGUGACGGUGAGAGGUCACCCUCCUCCGCAGUAGGGGUUCCCUCAGGGACGAGCAGCACGCCCGGUGCAGAGGACGAAGAUUUGAUGCUCAGUGAUUCGGGGGACGAGGAUGAGGAGGACGAUGACGAGGCCGGCGAACGUGAACUGCAAAGGCAGGAAACUAUCAAGCGGAAGAGCAAACGGGGCAGAGCACCACCCGUGCUGAAAAGAAAGCAGGCCGUCCCCACCGCACAGGCGGCCCCCGGUGAGGAGCCACCUCUGCCGAGGAAGAAACGGCACCUCUCCGAAGAGAUCAACGCGGAGAGUCUGCUCCGAAUCGAAAGAAGAACGUCCAAGAGAGCCUCAGCAGUCGCCAACAAGCUGCGCGUGUACGAAAAACUGUCGCAGGCAGAGGUGAGGCGGAAAGAGAUCCAGCAGAGACUGAAGAAACAUAAAGAGGACCAAGCCAAGUUUCACACCCUGACGCAGGAGGAUCAGCUCGCAAUCGCGGCCGAGACGGAAAAGCAUAACUUACUGAGUUUGAACAAGUACAAAGAACAAGAACUUUCGCAGAAACAGACAAGGCUGGCGCUGCAACAGCGAGCAAAAUUGAAGUUCAAGCCAAACGAGGUCGUUUUACAGUACUUGACAACAACGUGGCAAGUCACACCCUUCAUGGAACUAGAGGACCAAAAAUACUGGGAAGAACAGUUGAAGAAAAGAGAGAAGAAGAAGAGGAAGAAGUACCCGAAACGUGCUAAAAAACAGAAUUCAGAGGUCAAGGGAGAGAUCGCGGCACCCAAAGUGGGGGACGGGACGGAAAGGUUGCCGGGUGAUCCCAGUGUAACCACGUUGUCAGAGCCACCAACGAAUAGUCUCGAAGAAGACACACAACAGUCAACAGAUGAUAAAAUAGAAGUCUAUGCUGAAGGCACACCACAGCUCGAAAUCCAGACCCCACAGAGUAAGACGGAGCCUGAGGAAACAGAGGAACUGACAGAAAUGGUAUCUGACUCUAAAGACAAACCUUUAGAGACUCAAAUUGAUAAUACCUCUGAAUCGAUCCCAUCGAACGACGACGCCGAGGGUGUCAAGACGGAGGAACAGUCGUCAGGCGGAGCUGAGCGCGAUGGAGCUAAUAGCAGUAUCAAACAAGUCUCCUUUCUUGAGCAACCUGAGAUCAACGUGAUCGAACAAGUGCAGUCUCCGUCAGUGGUAGAAUCGUCCACCGAGCCUACGCCAGAGGUUUCUUCCCCCGUGACGCCGAAGGAGGAGGAAGUGGCUGAAUUCGAGGGACCCUUGCAACAGAUAUCCAAAAACUUCAUCACGGCAUACAAAUUUUCCAGCGUUCUGUCCCCUUAUGCACCACCCAACGGGGGUCGCAAACAACCAUUCGAAUACGAUUUUUUCCCAUCUACUGCAAGGCCUGCCUUGCUUGGGCCUACUGAACCGUGGCUGCGCUCUAAAUUGGGCGAUCUAGAAGAUGAGGAUCCAAAUAUAGAGGAGGACCAAAAAAUUGAGAAGCUGUUAGCGGAACACGAUUCGGGGACCACAGUAGAUCUCUCCUUCUUGGAUGGAUUCCCCUCUUUUGGAGAGUUUGACAAAAAGGCUAUCGCACCGGUGAGCAAUACGGAUGUGAAGACGGAUUCGAUAAAGAUUACCACGCGGGCACCAACAGGGAUAUACGCCAACAACGUCAAAAAGCACUGUCUGAUCAACGAUAAUGACUGUCAGUAUUUCGACCCUAAGCUUGGUAUCCCAUACUCUGACUUGCAAAGUUACAAAAUCCUGCAGGAUCUACAGAAGCCGAAUGGCGAAUACAAAUGGUAUGGUUUCGAGAACGGCGGAAUAUACUUAAACGUCGCACAGCGACCAGCGAAGGGGGUCCCUGAGGGAUUCUAA